AUGGUCACGAAGAACGAGACGGAGGCGACCGCGGGGGCGCACCACGACCGCAUGACCGCGUUCAAGUCGAAGCUGUUGAGCUCGCACCCGGAGAAGGCAGUCUUCGGCGCGAUCGACGUCGGCACGGAGUGCUACUGGUGGGAUUACGGCUUGCUGUCGUUGUACCAAAAAAAUAACAUGCUCGCGUUGGACGACACGGAGGAAGCGGCGUCGCUUCGCGCCUACCUGCGCAUCCCCGAGGACCGCGCGCAGUCCAGCGAGCUCGGGAACGACGUUCAAGUCACGAACGGCAGCGUCGUCCUCGCGAGCGUCGUGAAGGAGGGCGAGAUCGACCACACGAUCGCCUCGAGGGUCGUCACCGGAAAGUGCGACGCGCACGGUGCGUCCCGUACACUGGUCCCCGUACGACCGCGUUCGCGUGGUGAACGCAGAUCCUUAAGGACUUUUCCCGGCGUGUCUCUCCGCCCACCCCCCGCUUUCAAUCCCCGCCCUCGACGCCUUUCAACUCCGCUUCUGACGCCUUUGAACUCCACCCCGACGUUCGCUCGCAUGGAACGACCCUCAGGCUGCCUUCUCAUCAACGUAACCGCCCGCUCGAUCAAAGCGCGGAACUGCGUCAUCUACAACGUCGUCGACGACAGCGAGGACGGGCUCGUCUUGCCGGACGGCGCCGUCCUCACGAACGUUUUCACGGACGGAGGGAAGGUGUUCAAGUCGUUCGAGGGCGUGUACAAGAUGAAUCAGAGCACGGACGUCAAGGAGGCGUACAAGCUCGGCGCGGAGGCGCACGCGGACUUGGCGAAAGAGCUCAAGUUUUAA